CGCACCGGCACCCGCAAAAAAUUCCCCAAACCCUCGCGCACAGUUGCUGGAACCCUAGCACUCCCACCCUCCUCUUCCCCAAUGGACGACCACCAAACCCAGGAUCUCGUCAAGGAGCUCGUCCACCGCCUCCUCUCCGCCGCCGAAUCCGGCGGCGACGGCGGCGGCGGAGGAGGCGGGGGCGGGGGUCGCGACGCGGGCGGCGCGCUGCGGUUCGCGCACCGGCUCCUCUCCAGCCGCCUCGCCCCCGCGGUCCUCCCCGACGAGCACGCGCUCGCGGAGUCCAUCAAGCGCCGCCUCGCUGCCUCCGGCCGCCCCGACGACGCGCUCACCUUCGCCGACCUCCACUCCAAGCUCUCCGCCCGGUCGCGCCCGGCCUCCCUCUGGCCGCUACUCUACCUGCUCGACUCGCUCUCCUCCCACCGCCGCGCCGCCGCCGCCGCCUCGUGCCUCCCCAACCUCCCCACCGCCGCGCCGCCGCGAAAUGCCACCUCGGGGGCGGCUGCGGGCGCCGGAGGAAAGCGGGCGCACGGGGCGGCGCCGGGGGGCGUGGUGCUGGUGUCCAAGGAUCCGGACAACAUUCGCGAGAUCGCGCUGCGGGAGUACACCGAGCUGGUGCUCGACGAGACGGAGGUCUCGGAGGCCGCGCUCGUGCGCGACGUGCUGUACGCGUGCCAGGGCAUCGACGGCCGCUACGUGCGCUACGACAAGGCCGGCGAUGCGUACAACCUCCCGGACGGCGUCCGCGUGCCACGGUCCACGCGCACCCUCGUCCGCAAGCUGUGCGAGCUCGGCUGGCUGUUCCGCAAGGUGCGGGGUUUCAUUUCUGACAACAUAAGCCGCUCACCGUCAGAUGCUGCCACUGAGGUGGGCACUGUUGCUCAGGCGUUUUGCUCGGCGCUCCAGGAGGAGUUCUCUGAUUACUACAAGCUGCUGGCUGUUCUGGAGUCGUACUCACUGAAUCCAAUCCCCACACCUGGAUCUGAUUCAGGUGUGUCGGGUAAUUACCUCUCAUUGCGGCGUCUUGCAGUGUGGCUUGCUGAACCUGCGGUGCGAAUGCGCCUAAUGGCUGUUCUAGUGGAUGGAUGUCGGGGAUUGAGGGGUGGUGCUAUGGCUGGUGCGAUCCAUGGGCAUGCCCAGCAUGGGGAUCCUAUGUUUCAGGAGUUUAUGGGCCGAUUGCUACGUCGGGUGUGUUCACCAUUGUUUGAAAUGGUUCGGAGCUGGGUAUUAGAAGGGGAAUUGGAGGAUGUAUUUGCAGAGUUCUUCAUCGUUGGGCAGCCAGUGAAAGCGGAAUCAUUGUGGCGGGAGGGCUACCUUAUUCAGUCUGAUAUGCUUCCAGCUUUCAUUUCUCCAGUGCUGGCUCAACGAAUUCUUAGAACUGGCAAGUCAAUCAACUUUCUUAGAGUUUGCUGUGAUGAUAGUGGCUGGGCUGAUGCCGCUGCAGAGGCAGCUGCAUAUGUUGGCACCACAACAUCUCGAGGUGGGCUUGGUUAUGGAGAGACUGAUGCUUUGGAGGCAUUGGUGGUUGAGGCGGCCAAGAGGAUUGAUCGGCAUUUGAUGGAUGUCAUUCAUAAGCGGUACCGAUUUAAGGACCACUGCCUAGCUAUCAAGCGGUACUUGCUUCUUGGGCAGGGUGAUUUUGUCCAGUAUUUGAUGGACGUUGUUGGCCCUGAGUUGUCAGAGCCAGCAAAUAGGAUUAGCUCCUUCCAAUUGGCUGGCUUGCUUGAGACUGCAAUUCGAGCAUCCAAUGCGCAGUAUGAUGACCGUGAUAUCUUGGACCGGAUAAAAGUAAAGAUGAUGGAUCAUGGAGAUGGUGAUCGUGGCUGGGAUGUAUUCUCCUUGGAGUAUGAUGCUAGGGUGCCCCUAGAUACAGUGUUCACAGCUUCAGUUAUGAAGAUGUAUCUCAAAGUUUUCAACUUCUUGUGGAAGCUCAAGCGUGUGGAUCACUCCCUGACUGGAGUUUGGAAGACAAUGAAGCCUAACUGCAUUGUUUCUUCUCCAUUUUACAAGGAAGGAACAAGCAUCAGAGCUCAGUUUGUUUCAGUUCUUCGUAAAUGCCAAGUUCUGUUCAACGAAAUGAAUCAUUUUGUGACCAAUUUCCAGUACUACAUUAUGUUUGAGGUUCUGGAGGUUUCAUGGGCUCGUUUCUCUGAUGAAAUGGAUGCAGCAAAGGAUUUAGAUGACCUUCUUUUGGCGCAUGAUAAGUAUCUAAACUCGAUACUGGAGAAGGCCCUCCUUGGUGAACGGUCCCAAGGACUUCUGAGAAAUCUUUUUGAAUUAUUUGACAUCAUCUUACAGUUUCGGAGCCAUGCUGAUCGAUGGUUUGAACGGAUAUAUGAGUUGCAGCUAAGGGGGAAGGGUAAACCAAAGUCAAAAUCUAAGGAAUCAGGUUCAUGGCUUGAUGGUGGCAGAAAAGCCAUGAUCCAACUAGCUGGGGAACUUUUCCGGAAAAUGGGUGAAGACCUGGAUAGCAUCGCAAAAGAUUAUACAGCUUCUCUUGAUGCAUUUAUUACCCAGUUGCCGAUGCAACAGCAUGUUGACUUGAAGUUCCUUCUCUUCCGCCUAGACUUCACUGAAUAUUACAGCCGUGUUUCCGCCAGCAAAUGAACAUUUAUUCUUAAUGUGGAAGAAUUAGAAGUUAGAUUUAGCUUUUGGUUGGACUUGGGAGGUAUUCUUUUUUACACCUUAUCCCCACUGAUUGACACUUGGUCGCUUAAUUGUCAUGGUGACUCCAAUUGCCCUGCACCUCCUUGUGAAGGCAAUCUGAAUAUCUUGUUACCAAGGAUUCCCAGUGCAAGAAUAUGUGUUGAUUCUGUCGCUGUUCUUCUCCUGGUGCUUAUCUGCUGAUGAUGCCACGAGGCUGGAGCCAUGCAUUCCAUACAACUUUAGUGUACAAAAUUGAUGUAUAUUUGUUUUGUUCUUGAUUUUUCUCUUAUGGAUGUACUUGGUGUAAAUUUCAUGUAUUUGUUCCAGUCUGAUUCUUUUUUUUUUCUUUUUUUCUUCCUUGAGAAAUUAGAUUGCUUUGGAGUUUUCUCCUUACCUGUUUGUAUUAUUCAGUUUUACAGGAGCAAAUGUCUCAUUUCGCUCGU